AUGUCUUCGUUCAGAUACAAACCUUUAUCGACACCGCGAUCCAUUCGCUUGCUAUCGAUCGCUGAAGCAGUUAACAGCGGCAGCGGUGUUUUGACAUGCUAUCUGACAGAGGUCUCUCUCAACUCUCCCAUCCUCAAUUAUCGCGCCCUCUCAUACACAUGGGGGGACCCCGAACGAACUACCCGUAUAAUUGUCAAUGGGGAAUGGCUAGUUGUGAGGCUCAAUAUUGAGGAUUGCUUACGCCACCUGCGACUGAAUCUAUACUGCUGCAAUCGGCUGUGCAUCUGUCAGCAGGAGUCUCAGAUCCCAGUCCCUCUCGACCAUCGAUUCACUUUUCCAACACUAUUGUGGGUUGAUGCUAUUUGCAUCAAUCAAGAUGACCUUGAUGAACGAGCGCAGCAAGUAGCUCUCAUGCAGCAGAUUUACUGUCGCGCAUCGUCAGUCCUGGUAUGGCUUGGAAGGGCUACUGAGCAGACGGUUCCUGCAUUUCGUCUUCUUCUUGGACUGGCAGACAUUUCCCAAUCGAAUGCAGAAGAUCAAAAGUCUUACAUCGCCCACGUCAUCAAAGAUGAAUAUUUUAAAGGUCAUUGGAAAGCACUAGGCGAGCUUUUUCAACGGGAAUGGUGGCACCGCGUCUGGACCAUUCAAGAGGUUGUUCUGGGUUCAAAUAUCCUUCUGAUCUGCGGCCCAUUCGCGGUAGAAUGGGACCAGAUAAAACAGGCUAUUUCUGUUGUUCAGCAAUGCCAUAGUUGUAUGAAUGAGCUGAUAGAAGCUACAGCUUUCUCUACAACGUAUCGUUAUCUCUUUUCAUUCCGAGUUGACGCCUUUAGGAUGAGCAUGGUUGAAUCCCUGAAGGCCUACACAAGUCAAAAGAAGGACACCGGGUCCUCACAACGGCCCUCUUUGGGUGGAUGUUUAGCAAUUCUGUUAGACAUCACAAGAGACUACGACGCAACGGAUCCUAGAGACAAAGUAUAUGCUGUCAUUGGGUUGUUGGAAAAAAUUGGAUUUCAAUCACCUCUGACGGUCAGUUACCGCAUUUCUGUUGAGGAUCUUUAUACCCAUGUGGCAAAGAUUAUACAGAGGGACAGUAAGACGAUGGAUGUCAUGAGCUACGUGGAUGUUGAGCCCUUAACCCGCCAAGGGACACCCUCUAGCCUACCGUCAUGGGUCCCCAACUGGACUGCACCUUCGAGCUACAUGUCAAUAUGUGGAGAAUCUCGUGAUACAAAGCCAAGGUUCAGCUUCACUGGAGACUCCAAGGCUCUUUGCCGAUCCCCGUCGAACGAGAACACAAUUUUUCUUAAGGGUUUUAUAUUCGACACCAUAAACAAGAUAGAGUCGCGUUACGUCGAUGUACAGCCUGGUCUAAAGCUAGAGGGUGUAAAGCGGUAUGGCUAUAGGAUAAGUUGGAAACCACCAAAGGCCAGCGAUAGGUUCGAAUAUCAUGAUUACUGGCUUGCUUGGCUUGGCUUUCAAUCAGACUUUCCUAGUCCUGAGACCGAAAUCCCGCGACGAAGUGGAAAGAAGAUCCGACAUAUAGAUGUCAAAGCCUUUAAAACACAAAUCUCAGGUGUCGUAGGAAGCACAGACGUAUCAAUGAAGGUCGGAGAUAAAAUAUGUGGUCUGCUGGGCGCCAAGGUUCCCUAUAUCCUGCGACCAUGUGGUAACUCGUGGGUAUUUGUUGGUCCCUGCUACCUGCUUGAUCCCGAUGUUAUGAACGGUCUGUUGAUGAAAGAGUUGGAUGCCGGAAAGUUUACGCUUCGAGAUUUCAUCAUUGAAUGA